AUCCCCUCCCCCUCCAUAUGUAGGACACAGCUGCCACGCUCAUAAUACAUAUCAUUAUCAUCAUCAGCCUUCUUCAACUUACCAAAAUCUCCAUAACUAGUCCUUCCAAAGAAAGCACUAUAUACGUGACAUAUAAACAAAAACACGAUAUAUCCAAUCUACUAGUCUAGUAUAUAAGAGUUGAAAAUGAGAGCUCGAGUGCAACAACUUGUCCUCCCUAUAUUUCUCGUACUCUGUCUUGUUGGGUUCUCCAAUGGAUCUUUGCUACCAUUCAUAGAUCGUCCAGGGAGUUUGUUGGGUGAUAUCUGGGCAGACCCUUUCCGAGUGUUGGAACAAAUUCCAUAUGGGCUGGAGAAAGAUGACAUUGACAAUGUCAUGGCACUCUCCAAGGUAGACUGGAAAGAGACACCAGAAGGUCACGUUAUCAAGAUGGAUGUGCCUGGGUUGAGUAAGGAUGAGCUGAAGAUCGAGGUGGAGGAGAAUCGCGUGCUGAGAGUGAGCGGAGAGAGGAAGAGGGAAGAGGAGAAGAAAGGAGAUCAUUGGCACCGUGUGGAGAGAUCCUAUGGCAAGUUUUGGAGACAGUUCAAGUUGCCUGACAAUGUGGAUUUGGAUUCCAUCAAGGCGAAGUUGGAGAAUGGGGUGCUCACUCUGGCAUUUGACAAGUUGUCCCCUGACAAGAUUAAGGGUCCCAAGGUUGUUAGCAUCGCAGCCGGAGAAGAACCUGAACCUGCCAAGCUCAAGAGUGAGGCCAAGCAGGAGCUUUAAACCUUUCACCUUCUGAGUACUUCUGAGUUUUUAAGUGUGCCUACUGCCUAUGUUUGUCCUUUUGAGUGAGUUAAUAAAUUUGGUUUCACUUCAACUUUGUUGUUUUGUUGUCACUGGUAUGGUCUUUGUACGUCGAUGGAUAAUGUAAUCUCUUUUGGUUAAUCUUAAAAUUUCCUCACAUUUCUCUGA